GUUGUUGUCUGUCAAAACUGCUUGUGUCUACGCUCUCUUUCUCUAACAUUUCUCUGCAAAAUUGUUCCUUUUAUCUGCUCUAUACUCACAAAGAUUCUGCUUUAAUGGAAACCCAGGGCGUUAAAUUGUGUACUCCUUCGAAACAAGGCAUCGUUUCGAAAGUAAGGGUGGUGGUUAGAGUCCGUCCUUUUCUUCCCCAAGAAAUUGCUGCAAGGAAUGGCAACUCAAAGUCCUGCGUUUUUCUUCUUGAUAAUCAAGACUCUUCUGAUGAAGUUGCUGUUCAUCUUAAAGAUCCUAAUACCAGCCGAAAUGAAUGUUAUAGAUUGGACUCUUUCUUUGACCAAGAAGAUGAUAAUGUGAGAAGGAUAUUCUACAGAGAAGUGAAUUCUUUGAUUCCAGGCAUCUUUCAUGGCUUCAAUGCCACAGUGUUUGCUUAUGGGGCUACUGGCAGUGGAAAAACUUAUACCAUGCAGGGUACAAAAGAGCUGCCAGGUCUUGUGCCUUUGGCCAUGUCCACAAUUUUGUCUAUCUGCCAAAGCACAGGGUGCAUAGCCGAGAUUUCGUACUAUGAAGUCUACAUGGAUAGGUGUUAUGAUCUAUUAGAAGUCAAAACAAAGGAAAUUUCGAUUUUGGAUGACAAAGAUGGGCAGAUUCAUCUAAGGGGCCUAUCUCGGGUUCCUAUUAAUUCCAUGUCUGAAUUUCAUGAAGUCUUUUCUUGUGGAAUUCAGAGAAGGAAAGUAGCACAUACUGGUCUCAAUGAUGUUUCUAGUAGAAGCCAUGGUGUCCUUGUGAUUGCUGUUUCCACUCCUUGUGAUGAUGGUUCUGGGCCCGUUACGAUGGGGAAGCUGAACCUCAUCGACUUAGCAGGCAAUGAGGAUAAUAGGAGGACCUGCAAUGAAGGCAUUCGUCUCCAAGAGAGUGCUAAGAUCAACCAGUCCUUAUUUGCUUUGUCAAAUGUAAUCUAUGCAUUGAACAACAAUAAACCACGAGUACCCUAUCGAGAAAGCAAAUUGACUCGGAUAUUGCAGGAUUCUCUUGGAGGAACUAGCCGUGCCUUGAUGGUUGCUUGUCUGAAUCCUGGAGAGUACCAAGAAUCUGUUCACACUGUUAGCUUGGCUGCUAGGUCUCGUCAUAUUUCAAAUGUAGUUUCUUCAGCUCAAAAACUAGAAACUCCAAAGGAUAAAGUUGAUAUGGAAGCAAAACUGCAAGCCUGGCUUGAAUCAAAAGGCAAAACAAAGAGUGCACAGAGAAUGGGACUAUAUUCUUCUCGAUUCAUUGGCAAAACUCCCAGUUCUUUAAGCUCUGCGAAGAAGCUAAAUUAUAACAGCUCUUGCAAACUCAAGGCUACUGCCGAAGAAGGUGCUUCUAAUGCUAAAGACAGGGGUUUAUUUGUGACUUCCAGAAAUUUAUUCAACAAUGAAGGUGUUGUUAAUCUUUAUUUGGAGGGUUCCCACCUUUCGGCUAAGGGCAAUAAAGAGGAAAAGAGAGCUGAUGUUGAUGAGAUUAUAUUGGAAUCAACUAUGGACUUAGCUGAAGAACCAUCUAGCAAAGAAGAGAGGAAAACUGCAAUGGAAAGUCCUCUAAGAAAGGUCCUGUCCCCCAUCAAUUCCAAUAUAAAUCCAGGAUCCCUCAAAGAACAAUCAUCCAAGGAUCAAUUUUUUUCAUUAUCAUAUGAGCCAAACACUCCCAAAACGCCUUCCAUGGCCAGUGCAACCAAAAAAUUCCAAGAUGUUGGCACCCCAAUUGAUAAAUUUAACGCAUGGAGUUCUAACAUCAAGAGCUCACUUAUCCAAGAAUUUAUUGAGUUCUUAAAUACCGCUAGCAGAGAAGAGUUACAGGGCCUAAAGGGGAUUGGAUCGAAGAUGACAGAAUACAUACUUGAACUCAGAGUAACUAGCCCUUUAAAAUCGCUAAGUGACUUGGAAAAGAUUGGCCUUUCAUCAAAGCAGGUUUACAACUUGUUCAGCAAAGCUGUUAAAGGAAUAUUUAAUAGACCAGAAAUUGCAACACCCGGACCCAGUUGUAAAUGAAAAUAUUCUUGCAUUUUAAGCUGAUGUUUUCAAUGGUCUGAGAUUAAUCUAAUGUAGUUCAAGUUGAGGCAUGAUGGGGCCAGUUUGUAGUAUUCUUAAUAAUCAUUUUCCCUUGGACUGUCACUUCAGAUUUGUACUCCUCUUGCUAUAAUUACUCCUGCAGCAGAUUCAUUAUUGUACUGCCAGUUGCGAGGCGGUACAAUGUCCGAAUUUCCAACAAAUUUGCCUAAUGUAGCCAAUCUUGCUCGUGUAGAGAACCACAAUUUACUGCCAAAAUUUGCUUCAUGGUGAAAGGUUUGUCAAUAAGACAUCCUACAUAUUAAUUAGAUAACAUGAUUACCAUAGGAUCAAGGUUACUCAUAACCUUUUACAUGUUAGUUUCCCCAUCUUACUCUUUACAAGAUAUUUUCCCUUGUGCCCAUGGCGUUACCCUGCAUUAAACAAAGUUAGGUCCAUUUCCACCGACCCGCAGAUUAAGUUAUUGGUCCUUUUCAAUGCAAAUGAAAUUGCAGGAACUUGCUUCACAGUUCACACUAAAUGAAGGCUCUCUAUAAUUUGGAUGUGGGCCAUUCUUCCAUUAUUUUCACUCACCAAACUAGCAAAAAGUCUUGGUCUUGGUUCUGAUUUCCAGUAGAAAUCACACACCUCAAUGCCCUUAUCAAUCACAUUCACAUGAAAGUCACUUCCCACCCAUAAUUUGUAGCGACCUGAUCAUUCCGAAUCCAAAUUCGCUAUUCUUCAAACCAUCCCCGAAAAUAAGUGAAAAACACAGACAAACUCAGAAAAUAACUAAAGAGAAAGGAGCUUCGGUUCAUUCAUUAGAAAACUGACUCACUUUCGUACAACACAAGGAUAUAUAGUCAUAAUAUUCCGAGAUAGCAGAGAUGCUCACAUUAGACAUAGAAGCUAAAUAGUAUUACUUCCCUAUAUUUGUACACACCAAGCAACCAUGGCUGCCACAGAGGCAAAUCCUGAUGAAGAUUUGCAGAUAAGACAAAAGCCAUGGCAACUUUAUUCUAAUAAACGCAGAAACACAUAACUGCAAGACAUACUAAUAAUUAUU